GGAACAUUUACAGUUUUCUCUACUUUUGAAGUACGCCCAGAGACUACACCCGUGGGCAUUUCACUGGAAGCUCUCCUUCAAAUCCGUCUUGUGUGUGAGCUGCUGUGUUUGCCACAUCAUCGCUGAAACCCACUGUACUUUACCCUCACAAUGCAUUCAUUGAGCGCUUGCAACAGUUGCUUUCAUCUCAUUUGUAACUUUUUAUCCCAUUGGGUCAGUGGAGGAAAUGCUCGGAGCAACAGCUGGAUGACAUAUUUACAUUUUAGAGGAACGCAUCUGCAGCAGCAGUUGCUUUGGAGGAACCAGACCAAAUUGCUUUCACUCAAAUGGAGCUAAAGACAGAGACUCACUGUAUAAGUUAUCCUCUGGAAGAAGUUCCAGUGCGAUUUACGAAUGAAUUUGAUAUAAUUUCUAAACUUACACGAAGAGACUGGAGUUCAAGGAGUCCUGUGGAUGCGGCCGUGUAAUCUGUAUUACUGAUGUGACCUCAAGGUGGAGAAUGGCACAUGACUGAUUGGAGCUGAUUCUUAAUUCUCCUGAUGAUUUAAAAAAUACAUCUUCUAUCACCAUGGCUUCUACAAAAAAUGAGACUCCGGUAUGCUUCUCCAUAAACAGCCCCCCCUUCAACUACAACCACACCAUUGCCUCCGCCUAUUACUCUGCUGUAUUCACUGGACUGGGCCUCAGCUCCAACCUGUUUGCCUUCGUAGUUCUGGUCAAGGCCUUCCAGAGGUCCCAGAGUCCCUCAUGUUCAUCCUUCCUCAUCUUCUUGUCGAGCUUGGUGGUGACUGACUUCAUGGGGCUACUUGUGACGGGAUCGAUUGUAGUCUCUUUCCACACAACACGCUUCAAUUGGCGUGAGCUGGAUCCUUGGUGCCACUUCUGCAACUUCAUGGGCAUGUCCAUGGUCUUCUAUGGCUUGAGCCCACUUCUCCUGGGAGCUGUCAUGGCUGCGGAACGUUUUGUGGGCAUCCACAGGCCCUUCGCCCGCUACGCUAACAUGUCAAAGAGCAGGGCCUUGUCCACAGUGCUGGCAGUGUGGGUUUUUGCCGGCUGCGUCAGCCUGCUGCCUCUGGCAGGGCUAGGCAGCUACCACUUGCAGCUGCCUGGGUCUUGGUGCUUCAUCAACAUCAGCUCCCAGCCUCUGGACAUGACCUUCUGCUUGGUCUUCUGCCUGGUUGGGCUGCUUUCGCUUGCCGUGUCCUUCCUGUUGAACACAGUGAGUGUGGUGACCCUGCUACGGAUAUGCUGUGGCCAGGGAGAAAUGCAGCGACAGCGGGACCAGGAAUUGGAGAUGAUGGGGCAGCUUGUCUGGAUCAUGAUCAUCACCUCUAUUUGCUGGUGCCCUCUGCUGGUGUUUAUUGGGCAGACCGUGCUAUCAGGGAGCCAUCUCAAGAUAGGCAGCCUGCUGCUGUGGCUUCGCUUUGCCACCUGUAACCAGAUCCUGGACCCCUGGGUCUACAUCCUGUUCCGCUGUUCCAUCUUCAAGCGCAUUCUCCCAGCAGGGAAAGACAGGCCCCAUGUAUCCAGGAUAAGCCUGUACCGAACCAGCACCACCUCCCAGAGGAGACUUGUGCAGCCCUUGACUGGAGUGGAGGUGGCCUGUGGGGAAGUUCCAUUUGUGGAGGACCUUUCCAUUCCCAAAGCCUCCUGAUUUCUCCUGUCAUAUCCAAGCUCUGGUUUACAUUUUUUGCUAAUAUUGUAAUUAUUUAUGUUAUUCAUUUGAUGUUGGUUAAUGCCAAGCAGUACAAUGACAGUUCUCUCAUUUUAGUUUGAAAUAUUAGCAUGCAUGCAUGAGUUUUGUAAUCAUUCAGCUGUCCAGACAGUUAGGGAUCUGUGACUCACUCAGUCUGUGCACGCCAUCUGCAACAAAGUCUCUGUGCAGCUUGGAGGAAUACUUUGCUUAACAUGCUAUGGUCCAGAUGAAUCCAUUUGUAAAAGAGACAGUGGGUCUGGUUACGUUAUAGGAGAUGGAGUAACACUGCACAUCUGUGCCAUGUGUCUAUCAUAUGAUCUGCCUGUGUAGCCAUUGUGGAGAUAGGGAUGGAAUGGCUGACUGCAAAGCUGAGGUUGUCUUGCUGAUGGACUAACUGAUACUUUCAUAGUGAUGGUAUGGCUAAGCUGACCUGACCAAUUUGUCUUGAACUGAAAACAUGACUCCUACAAAUAUUGAAUAAGUCAUUAAUUAUAUUUUUGCUGGGAUAAAGUGAAUUAAUAUGAAUAUAAUUAAUAAACUGUGUUUAAACUAUUUCUUCUUUUCAGAAAAUGAGAAUGUUGGGCACACAAUUCCCCAAUUCUAUUUAUUUACCAUUAUCUGCCAAUAGGGCAAAAUGGACCCCAUUGUUUUAAAUUGAGUUUUCAGAGUUUUUACUGGGGGUCAUAUUGAUAUAUGACAGAAUCUUGUGCUCAGUGAUAUUAAGUUUGUGUAUUGUUCCAUUAUUUCAUAUUGAUUAAUAAUUAUUUCAUAUAAAUUAAUAUUUGUAUUGCUUGUGUUCAUUUGACACCUAUAAAAGAACAUAAGGCAGAAAACAAUUAACCUUUUGUUCUGAAGCCUAUAAAUGAACGACCUUCUAACACCAUUUCUCCUGCCCUAGUCUCCAAAUAUUGUGUUUCAAGACCAAGCUGUGUACUGAAGGAUUUUCUUUUAAUGGGCCACACAAAAAGUUCCACAACCUUGAACUUUUUGUGUGGCCUCUCUCUUACUAACUUCAUUUCAAAGUACACUGCCUGGCCAAAAAAAAGUCUCAUUCGUCGUGGCAUUGUUUCAACAACCUUAUACAACGUCACAACAUUUAUUUCUGUCCAGAAUUGCAUUCAUUUUUGGCCAAGGUCUUGUACUGAUGACAGGAGAGUCGAACCACUCCAUAAAGUCUUCUCCAGCACAUCCCAAAGACUUUCAAUGGGGUUAAGGUCAGGACUCUGUGGUGGCCAAUUCAUGCUCCCAGAACCACUCUUUCACAGUUUGAGCCCGAUUGGCAUUGUUGUCCUGGAAUAUGCCCAUGCCGUCAGGGAAGAAAAAAUCCAUUGAUGGGAUAACCUGGUCAUUCAGUACACAUUCAGGCACUCAGCUGACUUAAUUUUAUUGCCGCAUAAAUUAAUAAAAUGAAUGCAAUUCUGGACGGAAAUAAAUGUUGUGACGUUGCGUAUGGUUGUCGAAACAAUGCCACGAUGAAUGCACGCCGUAAUGAAAGCUAAAGGCAGUCCAAUGAAAUAUUAAAGUGUGUGACUUUUUUUUUUUGGCCAGGCAGUGUAUAAUGUAGUGGCAUACCUUCUUAGCCUUAUGUGACAACCCCACCUAUUUUGGCCAUUGGGCUGGCUGCUUGUCUUUGUCUUUGUGUUUUGUGUUGCAGAUGCCCAGUAGGUGUGGUCAGGUUGUUGUUUAUUGGGAACACCUGGGCCCGGUGUUCUCAGUACUAUAAGAGCGCACCCCACUUGUGCCAUGAGGAGAGAGAAAGGGGAAACUCUGCUCCCUACGCGCCACAUCUUUGUCUUUGUUUUUCCUUUUACCAUACAACACUCCACUCACUAUUUUAACAUCCAUGCAUGCACGCCAACACUGACUUACUGACCACCACGUCAUAGCACUUUGCCAUUUUUAGCCGUUUCAAAUAAAUGAAUGGUUUUUUUUUUUGCUUUAACUUCUUGUGUCACCGCCCAUUAUUUGUUGUGGUUUUUGAGCCGGCCAUGACACUUAUCAUUCAUUUAUGCACACAUUACUAACCAAAAAUAUGGUUUCUGGGCUGGGUGUUCAUACCGUUAAGGUACUGUAUUAGCUACCAAUGAAGAGUCCUCCUCAGUCUCAAAGUCUCAAAUCUCAACUGCGAUUAUUUUAAAACAGCGGCUUAGCAUCAAAUUGUGGAGCAGAUCAUGCUUACAUACUUUUAAUGUUGUACUAUGGCUUCUAGUCUGGUCUGCUUGUUAUUAAUGUGUUAACAUCAGCCUGCCCAGGGACAGCAGAUGGAAAUUAGCGAUCCAGCUAAAUCUGGCAAAUUUACGUAACAUAAUAGUGAUGUCGAUCAAUGCGUAUU